AUGAAUGCCAACGAUGUACUUUGCCGUCAGGGUAAAUACAGACACCAUGGAAACGUCAACCUUCGGGCAACCAUUAUAGAAAGGUUUGACGCGUACGAGGCAGCUGACAAGCAGGGAAGAGCAGAAGUAGCAGAAGCCAUUGUAUUGGACGUGCCACGAAGCGGUGGGCAAUUCAUGGCAUGGGACGAGGAAAAUCGACGCUACUACAAUAUGACCAACAAGGAAGCAGUGAAGUUUGUGAGAACAGCAUUUGACAGACGCAGAUUCAAGCUGAAUCACCCAAAGGAUCAAACUGCACAACAAACUGCACAACAAACUGCACAACAAACUGCACAACAAACUGCACAACAAACAAACCAAGAACCAAGUGCCCCUGAAGAGAAAGGGGCUGGUAUAGCCACAGCUUCACGCGUGGCAGAAGCACCAAAUGGAAACGGGGACGAUGAUUUGAACUCUGGAAUGGAAUCAUUGUCUUUGGAAAGUGAUCAACGCAGAAUCUUUUGUUCCCUAUUUGAAGACGAGGACACGGUAGUAGUCGGCAACAAAGUGACUCGGGACGAAGAUGAUCAUUCGACAAGAGGUAUGCUGUUGGCCCUCUUGUUCGAUGAGGGGGGCGAGCAGCUUGCCGAAACUCUAAUGUCCAUUGUGAAUUCGCCUGGCCAAGAAGCACCAACAAAAGCACCAGCACCAGCAUCAGCAGCAGCAGCAGCAGCGAAACCAAAUUGUAUCACUUUGACUUUGGACGAUAAAGCCCAAAAGAGUCUAGAGGCGGCAAAGGAGGCCCUCCAGAGAAAACAGAGACCGUCGAAAUGUGCCAGACGCAAUGCCCUAGAGGCAAUGGAAGGAGUUGAAGGAGGGGGCGCUCAGCCAGAGGCUGUGGACGAAGCUCAAAAAUUGGAGGACGAUAUAUCGAAAUCCAUUCAAAGUUCGCAAAUGGUUCUCCCCUUCAACAUGGAACAAGACAUGCCCCGACUUGAAAUCAAGAAGGCACAUAGAAUGGCACCCAAGGAGGGAGCAGAGGAAGACAGAGAAUACACUGGUUCCAUGAUGGACGGCAAGCCUCAUGGCACAGGAUACAUGAUAUAUGAUCAUGGCAGAAUCCUCUGCGGAAAUUGGUUACACGGAGUAUUCCAAGGCCAAGGAUGUGCACUUUAUGAGAAUGGGGAUACGGCUUUUGGGUCCUUUCUCAAGAAUAAGAUAAAUGGUUUUACAGCUUACAUGACCAAGUUCACAAAGUACGUCGGCCAAUACCAUAAGAACCGUCGGCACGGAAAAGGUGUAUUUAUUGAUUAUCACCGGGGCACAUACAGCGGUGAUUUUAUCGAGGGUAGGUUUGAAGGGUUGGGUAUGCAUGCUGGCAUGAAUGGAAAAAUCACAGCAGGUCAUUUUAAGAACUGGAUAUCUGCGAAUGCCACCAUUGGUAGCGAGGCGGAACAUAAGGAAUCCAGCUCGAUGAUGUAA